AUGGCGAGAAAACAACAACAGCGGAGAGAUAGAAUCAGUGAACUCCCCGUAGAUAUAGUUGACAAGAUUUUAGGGUUUUUACCUAUUCAUGAAGCUGCUAAAAUGGCUGUUUUGUCUACCUUUUGGAGAGAUACGUGGUUCAGUCUUACAAAAUUCAUCUUUGACUCUAGGUUUUUGUCCCACAUUAUGAGAAAAUAUAGGACCCGGGAAGACAGUGAUAUUUGGGUGUCUGCAGCUUUGUAUGUAAUCAACAAAGUCCUCAACCAGCACAAUGGACUUAUUCGCACAUUUGUCGUUAAUUUUCAGGGUAACACUAGGAAAUCACUUAAGUCUCGGUCGUUUGAUAUUGAUCAGUGGUUUCUUUUCGUCACACGAAAAGGCGUUGAAGAUAUCUUCCUUAGUUUUAUGGUUGGAGAUGAUUACAGAUGUUAUAACCUGCCCAAUUUGAAGAUUACUGCUCGAAUACUCGAUAUUUUAGUACUCAACGACAGCCAUUUUUACCAUGUCCCUAUUUACUCGAACUUGAGAUCUCUUCGUGUUCUUGAGCUGGAUUGUUAUUCUCUUGUGGAUUUUGAUAAAGGAUGUACUAGAAGGGAACUACAACCACAACCAUUUGUACUAAAUGUGGAAUACUUGAUAUUAUCAGAAUACAUUUUUGUGUCCAGUGACAUUUCUUCUGAGUUCAUUCAUUUGCUCCGAACAUGCCCAAAGUUAUCCACACUUGAUAUAAAUUUAUCGUUUACCCAUGGUUUUCCAAAACUUCGCGAUGAAUUUCAUACCGUGGCUCAAAGGCUUAAAGUGCUUCAGAAGUUGAACCUGACAGAAUUUGUACCGUGCAAGCCUUAUGUUGCUUUCAUCAAUAGACUACUUGCUUGCUUUCCCGCACUUGAGGAGGUUGUCAUUAGUAUUACUCGUUCAAAAAGGCUCUUCAACGUUGAGGGUAACAAAGAGGUUUUGGAUUAUUACAAGGAUGAGGUUUUGCAGUUUUCUUGUUGUGCCUCCACAAAAGUGAAAAGAUCUUUUAUCGACUAA